AUGGCUUCCAGCACUGACAUCAUAACGCUCGACAACUUCGAGCAGCGGCUGCCAAGAUGGGACCCCGCAGGCCCCAAUCACCUGUACGCUCUGGUUGAUAUGGGCAGCAAUGGAAUCCGCUUCUCCAUCUCGGACCUCACCCCGCCACAGACCCGUCUCCUCCGCCCGAUCUACCGCGAACGAGCCGGCAUCUCCCUCUUCGACGCCCUCAACUCCUCCUCCACCGCCGCCUCCGAACCCCUGACCUUCCCACCCGAGACCAUCACAAAGGUCGCCGAGACCCUCGCCCGCUUCCGCCGCAUCGCCGUCUCCUAUGGCGUGCCCCCGGCCCACUUCUCCGUCCUGGCCACCGAGGCCAUGCGCCGCGCCGCCAACGCCGGCGACAUGCUCAAGGCCAUCCGCGAGGCCGCCGACAUUGGCGUCCACGUCCUCGCCCCCGAGGUCGAGACCCUCUUCGGCGCCGUCAUGGGCUCCCGCUCCGCCUUUGUCGACGUCGCCCGCGGCGGUCUGUUCCUCGACCUCGGCGGCGGCUCCGUGCAGAUGACCUGGGUCGACACCCGCCUCCCAGACUACGAGAUCGCCGCCGCGCUCGCCGGCGAGAGCUUGCCCUUUGGCGCCGCGCGCUUGAUCCGCAUCCUCGAGGGCCAGUCGGAGGAGGUCCAGACGAUGGAGAAGCAGAAGCUCAACGCGAGCAUGCAGAGCGCCUUUGCCAAGCUCUGCGACAAGUUCCCCGCCCUGGCAAAGUCCAAAGAUGAGUGGAACGCCGCGGGAGGCGAGGCGAACGGGGUCGUCCCGGGCGGCAUCGACGCCUAUCUCUGCGGCGGCGGCUUCAGGGGCUACGGGUGCAUGCUGCAGCACAACGACCCGAUCCAGCCGUACCCGAUCCCGUCGGUCGGCACGUACACGGUGUCGGGCGAGUUCUUCAAGCAGACGAAAAAGAUGCGCCGCGUCAACCGCGAGCACGAGGGCAAGAUCUACGGCAUGUCGAAGCGCCGGCGGCAGCAGUUCCCCGCCAUCAUCGAGGUCGUCGAGGCCUUCAUCCGCACCGUCCCCCACCUGCGCACCGUCACCUUCUGCGGCGGCUCCAACCGCGACGGCGCCCUGCUGAUGAAGCUCCCCAAGAGCGUCCGCGAGAGCAACCCCCUCGAGGCCCUCGCCGGCUACGCCCUCGCCCAGCCCUCCGUCGAGGACUCGGAGCUGGCCGUCGCCCAGGCCGUGCUGAGGACCCUCUACGGCGCCGUGCCCAAGAACGUCGACGUCUCGCGCACCCCCACCGUCUUCUCGCUCGGCCUCGGUCCGCUGUUCGCCAAGCAGAUCUGGAUCCACCAGGGCGAGGACGACGACGCCAACGCCUCGUACGCCCUGCACGAGACCGUCACGCGGGACCCCAGCGCCCCGGGGCUGACGCACCUCGCGAGGGCCGUCUUGGGCCUGACGGUCUGCGCGAGGUGGGGGUCGAAUCUGGGGCCGAUCGACGCGCAGUUGUACGGGAACCUGAAGAGCAUGGUGGCGGCGGCGAAGCUGGAGAGCGUGUUCUGGGCGGAGUAUCUAGGUGCGGUCGCGGCGGUCAUUGUGGACCUGGUGCCGGCGUGGCCCAAGACCGUGGACGAGCUGCAAUCGACUUUGAGAUUUGAGGCCACGCAGACGAUAGAUCCGGACAAGAAGAGGGCGCGGAUCGACCUCAUCGUCCACGCCGCGCCCGGCGCCGCCGUGGGCAUAGAUCCGGAGGACAUCCUGGCGCGUCUGGCGAACGUGGGGAAGAAGCGCAAGGACGGGACGAAGCCGGAGAAGAGGGUCACGGUCAGGAUCCAGGAGAUGAAGUAG